AUGGCUAAACGGACAGCAAUCGUGACAGGCUCCUCCCGUGGGAUUGGCGAAGCUAUCGUUCGACGACUCGCGGCAGAAGGCUACGCGGUCUGCGUCAACGACGUCUCGGCCAAUAAAUCCGGCAUCGACAAACUCGUCUCCGAACUCAACUCCAAACAUGGCUCCGGUGCCGCGAUCGGGGUGGUGGCCGACGUCACCUCUUCGGAAGAAGUGCAAUCCAUGAUAAAAGAGUCGGUAGAGAAACUUGGGCCCCUGACAGUGAUGGUCGCGAACGCUGGUAUCGCGCAGGUCGCGCCGGCGUUGGACAUUUCCGACGCGGACGUCCAGCGAAUGUUUAAUGUGAACUUCAUGGGCGUGUGGCUGUGUUAUACGCAUGCGGCGAGACAGAUGAUCUCCCAGGGACCGGUGCCCGAAGGAAGCAGCGGGUAUAAGAUCCUGGGUGCGGCGAGUAUCGUUGCCUUCAAGCCAUUCCCGCUCCUGUCGCACUACAGCGCGUCGAAAUGGGCGGUCAGAGGACUCACGCAGGUGUUUGCGAUGGAGAUGGCCAAGCACAAGAUUAACGUCAAUGCCUACGCGCCGGGGAUCGUCGGCACCGCCAUGUGGGAUCUCAUCGAUGAGAAGCUGGGCGAGCUCGAGGGCAGGCAGAAGGGCGAGUCGGUCAAGAAGUACAGCUCGGAUCUGACUGCGUUGGGACGCGUGAGUGUGCCAGAGGACGUCGGCAAUGUUGUUGGCGGGUUCAUGUGCUCCAAAGAUGCAGAGUUUGUCACAGGUCAGACUAUGGUUAUUGACGGCGGUAUCGUUUUCACUUGA